AGGCUUUGCAAGCAGUGAUCCGAAGCGGGCAGAAGCCGAAGGGCUAUGGCCGCUGCGGCGUCUGUGAAGGCAGCGUUGCAGGUGGCGGAAGCGCUGGAAAGCAUCGUCAGCUGCUGUGUGGGGCCCGACGGCCGGCAGGUUUUGUGUACGAAGCCCACCGGCGAGGUGCUGCUCAGCCGGGAUGGAGGCCGCCUCCUGCAGGCGCUACACUUAGAGCAUCCCAUAGCCAGGAUGAUGGUGGCAUGUGUUUCCAAUCAUCUAAGAAAAGCAGGAGAUGGUGCUAAAACAUUCAUCAUCUUUCUCUCCCAUUUACUCAGAGGACUUCACGCAAUCCCAGACCAAGAAAACGGUUCUUUGGUUUCCGAAAAUUCUCAAACCCUUGGAAGGCAUUGGAAAAAUUGUUGUCGGUGGAAAUUUAUUUCCCAAGCUCUUCUAACGUUUCAGACACAAAUAUUAGACUAUGUUAUGGACCAAUACUUAAGUAGACACUUUUUGUCCAUCUUUUCUUCAUCCACUAAAGAGAGAACAUUGUGUAGGAACUCUUUAGAGUUGCUCUUAGAAGCAUACUUUUGUGGAAGAGUGGGAAGAAAUAAUCACAACCUUAUUUCACAGUUGAUGUGUGACUACUUGUUCAAGUGUGUGGCUCGUGAAGGUGGGUUUGAAGAAGUGUUUGAGUUGGUGGGUGACUGCUUUGUAGAGCUGCACGUUGGUGUCACCGGCCUUCCUGUUUCAGAUUCCAGGAUCGUAGCUGGGCUUGUGCUUCACAGAGACUUUUCUGGGUACUGUCCAGCAGAUGGUGACAUAAGAAUAGCGCUAGUAACAGAAACCAUUCAGCCUAUUUUUUCAACUUCCGGAUCAGAGUUUAUUCUAAAUUCAGAAGCACAGUUUCGGGCAUCUCAGUUUUGGAUUAUGGAAAGGACAAAAGCAAUAAUGAAACAUUUGCAGAGUCAGAAUGUAAAAUUGCUCCUGUCUAGUGUGAAACAACCAGACUCAGUGAUUUUUUAUGCAAGACUGAAUGACAUAUCGGUGGUGGAGUGUUUAUCAUCUGAAGAAGUUUCUCUUAUCCAGAGGGUCAUUGAUCUUUCUCCCUUUGUGCUACCGCAGGCCUCUUCACGGUGUGAAAUCUCUAACACUGCUGUGGUGAAAUUUUGUAAGCCCCUUGUCCUUAGAUCCAAAAGGUAUGUUCGUCUUGGCUUGAUUAGCAAAUGUUCCUUUGUACCACAUUGUCUAGUUCUUUGUGGACCAGUACAGGGUCUUGUUGAACAACAUAAAGAUGCUUUACAUGGAGCAUUUAAAAUGCUUCGGCAGUUAUUUAAACACCUGGAUCUAAAUUACUUGACACAAGCCAGCGACCAAAAUUAUACAUCAAGUCCUCUUAUUUAUAAGAAUAGUAGAGAAAGUAAUCAGUUACCAGAAAUUGUUAAUGGCUCACUGCAAAGGCCAUAUCAGGGCACAGUUGUAAAGAACAAAGAUAAACUGGCAAAAACUCAAACAUAUUUAAAAGUAUAUUCAAAUUUGGUGGUUCCAAGUAUAGAAUUAGAAACACGUUUUCCAUGUUCGACACCAAAGGUGGCACCAGUGGAUGCAUACCAGACAAAUGAGACAUUGAGAUGUUUAUCUCCAAACAAAACUGGGAUAAUUGAUCACAGUGAACCAUUUCCUGAGAGUAAUUCUGCUAAUUCAACAACAGAAAAUACUAGAAUAAAAAUUUCUUAUGAAAAUUUACAGGUCACAAAAAUUGCUGGCAAGGGGAGCAUGUUACCAGUGAGAUACAAGUCCCGAGAGAUGUGUCCUUCCCGGAGUUACUGUUUCUCAUCUAUACCGGCAGGGAGUGUGUUGCCGGUGGGUGGUAAUUUUGAGAUUUUGUUACAUUUCUAUCUUCUCAACUAUGCCAAAAUAUGCCAGCAAUCAGAAGAAGCCACGGUUGGUGUGAUAGUAGCUAAUGCACUUUUAGGCAUUCCCAAAAUCCUGCAUAAGUCUAAGAAAGGAAAUUACAGCUUUCCACAAAUGUAUGCAAGAGCGCUCCACGCACUGCAGUCCGGUCAACCCAUGGGAAGCAGGCAGACAGGCUUGGAAUCGGUAGUUGGUAAAUACCAGUUACUAACUUCAGUUCUUCAGUGUUUGACAAAAAUUUUAACCAUUGAUUUGGUAAUCAAUAUUAAGAGACAGCCUCAGGAAAUUUGUGAUCAAGAUUCCGAAGAGGAACUAUAAAACUGGAAGUUUUUUAUUAACCAGAGUUUUACUCCAACUCAAGCUGUAAAGUAAGGCAAGCAUGUGACCAGUGAUUCUCAAGUCAAUUCAGUCUAGUUAGGAAAACAGGAUAACUUAAAAGUCCUUAGAAGAAGUAUACUAUGAGGCCACUGGACGUUCAGACACAAACACCAGACUGCGCUGUGGAACGAGACCGAGGGAGAAGCCUGGAUGGGGGAGCCAGGAUCUGAAUGUGCUGUCUUCCGCCUUUAUGUCCCUGUCCCUGUGUCUCCGCUCCUUCUUAGUCUGUGUGCCUGGGGGAAGGUGUUUCUUUAUAGCUCUUGUACUUUCCGGUUUUUUUCACUCUCUUGUCCCUCAUCUUUCUGUGUUUAGUUCAUAGAAUCAUUUAAUCUCAGAUGUGGAGGGGAUGUUCAAAUGCCAUCCUACUUUAAUUGUUUAUAAUAUAAAGCAUAUUAUUUGCUUCAUUUAAGAUAAUUUAUUUCCCCUAUUCAUAAUUUCUAAAGCAAUGAAUAAAAAGUCUUGAGUUUUUCCUCAAAAAGCGUAUAAAUUAAGUUAGUUUUUACCUUUAUAUGGCCCUUGUUUAUUUCUAUUUCAUGUGGAAAGCAUGGAUAGAUUUUCACCAUCCAUACAGCCUGAAAAUGUGUCACCAGAAAUAUGACUUUGUGCAUCGUGAACUUAUUUUCAUUUCUGUAGCUAAAAGUUUAUUCCAGAAAGGAUAUGAAAUUUGUACUUUUUAUUUUCUCCUGGUCCCUAAGAGCUUGUAAAAAUAAUUCAAGUAUUUGCUGGGUUUUUUUGUGUUUGGUGCAUGGCCAGAGUCCAAUAGUAAAAAACAACUUAAGAAUUGUUUAUUUCUAGUGUGAAUUUUUAAAUGUUUAUAUUUUAUUUUAAAGGUUUAUAAAUGCAAAUAAUAGCUGUGGGUAAGGACAGUGUCUUCUGCUUUUAGUAGUUCUCUGUGACACCCAGGACAGUGCCACGUUGACGGAGGCUCACCUCGGAGAUCUCGCGGGUUCCGUUCCAGACCACUGCGGUAAUGCGGAUGUUGCAAUAAAGUGAGCAACAUGGAUUUUUUUGGUUUCCCAGUGCAUUUAAGUUAUGUUCACACUAUACGGCAGUCUAGAUGUGCAAUAGUAUUGUGUCUUAAAAAUUGUACGUACCUCCUGGUACAAAAACAGGUCCACAGAUCAAUGGAACAGAAUUGAAAGCCCAGAGAUAAAACCACACAUCUAUGGACAGCUAAUCUUCGACAAAGG